AUGGGCGACUUGGACAGUUUCCUGGAGGCAAACCAGCUCCUCUCCAACACCCUGAAGCAAUUGGACGAGGCCAUGAAACAGAGUAAGUGUCCAGGAGAAAUGAAAAUCAGAGGGGGAUGUGGGUGUCUUUUCGUUUUUUUUCGAAUCAAUCAGACCACAAUUAGCGCCAUUCCCUGAGGCAAUCUGGCUUAGGGAAUGGGCGAAUGGCUUGAUCCGCUUUAUGUUUCUGAAUUCUUUGGCUAAUUUUGACUUGUUUUUGGGAAGGAAAUUACAAAAUUUUGGGAUUUUUUGGAACUAAAAUAAAUUAAAUUAAAAAAAAUCUUAAAAUGUAAGAUACGACAGACCUUGCGUAGAAAAUUAUACAGGGUGGGGCAUCUUUGUGGCCCGAUUUGAAUUGGCUAUAACUUCUUUAGUUUUUGGCCAAAUCUUAAAAUUCUUUUUUUCCCUGAAUCCUCUGACAACCCCAUUUUGUUUGAUACCAAAUAUGUUAUACAUAGUAAGUGUAUAUCUACAGUUAUUGGAUUUAUUCUUGGAGUUCAUUUUUUCGGUCGUUUUUCGGUUGUUUUUUCGGUUUUUCCCAGUGGGUCCGGAAAUUGAGCACGGUAUGGAAGAAAAAUACGGUGGAAUUUCUCCUCCUGAAAAUCGACGAUGAGAAUAAGAACAAAAAGUGAAGAUCAACCUCCAGAGUUCGUCGAAUGGUCCUUGCUGAAGGCAUUCCCUCGGUUCUGGCCAACCUUCGUGUACUCAUAUGCGAAUUUUCUCGGAAUUUUGACAAUUUCUUAAAUUUUCAGCUCCGUUCGUACUCAUCUUUCCUGCUUUUUUUGUUUCCUGUUAACGCUGCCAGUCUCAAGGAACUUAUUCCACCAACGUCGAAUAUUCUUGCGAUCUGGAGGUUAGGCGUUACGUCCGUAUUUCAUGCGGUAUCCCCGUUUGAAAAUUUAUCGCCGAACCGUGCUUGCUAUGCCAAACCACAGACCAAGCUUUUUCUUCCACACCGGACUCCAUUUUCGGACACACCGGGAAAGGCCGAAAAAACAACCGAAAAACGACCGAAAAAAUGAACUCCAAGAAUAAGUCCAAUAACUGUAGAUGACACUUACUAUGCAUGACAUAUUUGAUAUCAGACAAAAUGGGGUUGUCUGGUGAUUCAGGGAAAAAAAAGAAUUUUAAGAUUUGACCAAAAACGAAAGAAGUUAUAGCCAAUUCAAAUCGGGCCACAAAGAUGCCCCACCCUGUAUAUUUUUUGUAAAUUUAAAAAAUUUUAAAAAACUUCUGGAUAAACGAUAAUUAAUGUAAAAUACGGCUAUUGUUGCGAUUACUUCACAAUAAAAAUAAAAAACACAGAGAAACGAAAAACAGCGGCAUUUUCGAUCAAAAACAUGUUAUUUUUUAUUUUUUUCCGAUUCCGUCUUCCAACUUUCUCUUCAAAUCGAGGCGAUCGGAUAAUUAGACACCAAAAAACAACAAAAUCGAGGGAUUUUCGGCGGAUUCGAAAAAAAAAUUAAAUUGGGAACUUAAAAUUUUUUAAAUUGCAAAAUAUAAAAAAUAUAUAUUUUUUUUUAAUUUUAAUUUUUUUAUUUAUUUUUGGUAUUUUCCCGCAAUUUGCCCCCGAUUUUUUACAACAAUGCCCGAAAUGUAUUUAAAAAUGACCUUGAUCGGUGAAAUUGCGGGGUGCAAAAGGCGAAACGAGGCGGAAUAUUUGCGUGAGAAAUUUAUGUUUCCUGUAAAAUACGGUUGAAUUUAUUUAUUUAUUUUUAAACAGGGAGGCUCCAGUUUUUCACCCUCCCUUAUUUUAAACUUUUGAUAUUGAAUUUUUUUUUUUUUUUUUUUUUGUUAAAUACGCUUGAGCUUUAUUUUGCUUUAAUCUUCAGAUUUUACAAAAAUAAAAAAAUAAAUAUUUUUUUAUUCAAGUGCAACGUUCAAACUGUAAUAAAAACUUCAAUUGUAAUAAACCAAAAUUAAGGAAGAACAGAUUUCAAGUGCGAUGCUCACAUUGGCUUAUAAUUUUAAGCGCACUGGGCCGCAACUCCUGAAAUGGGCGUUGGCACAGUGCAAACGGCUUUUUCGACGUUUGCAGGGUGCAAAAAGUGAAAAAUGCACGGUGCGAAAGCGGGAAAUCAAGAAGAAUUUCCAUUUAUCUUAUAAAAAUACUAAUAGCAACCUCCUUGCGGUAGGCUUUUUGGCUGUUACUCAAAUCCUGACCUUUUUUGCGCAGUGAUAAAAAUCAGUCCGGCGACUUUCCGGAAGGACUUUUUUAAUAGAUUUCUAGCCUUCUCUCCAAGAUUUGUAGUCCAAACUUUGAUAAAAAUUUUGCACUUUUUGCGAAAGGUGUUGCAAUUCGGCCUUUUACCAUGUAAAUAACUGCUCCUUGUUACAUGGUAAAAUACGUCAUCAUAAAUUCUCUGUACCUUUUUUUUUAAAUUUUGUUCUUGUAAAAUACGGGCUCUGUGCUCUUUGCUCUUGCAUAAUUUUAUAAAAAAAAGUAAAAAAACUUUUGAACAAAACAAAAUUUUCAAAUUUCACUUCUUUCAGGUGACCGUCAAUGGAUAACCCCAUUGCAAUCUAGCCGUCACCGCUCCGUCUCCCCAAUACCUCGCUACAAAACGAAUAUGGUGAUGACAACGCCAGCCGACGACAUUCUCAACGGGAAUGUUCAAACUCAAAUCGAGAAUUUUGAGCGGAAUAAUAAUCAGGAAAGACCGACGUCAGACCCCUCUUCAACCACCUGGGAAAACAAGGAUACCAACUCGAUUGGCAGUGGGAAUACCAGUAGUAAUGAGGAGUCGCCGAUCUCGGAUCAAGGCUCGACAGGCUCGGGCAGAAUCACGUUGGAGAAGCUUUGCAAAGUGAGGAUUUUUUUGUGAAAUAGUCUUUCGAAACAGUACGUAGAUUUUUGUCGCGGUGCACUGUGCACAAAAAUCGCCCAUUUUCCGGCGAAAAAUGGCCGGAAAAAGUCUGCGCACUUUCUGGAACGACCAGUAUUCGAAAAAUCACCGCGACAGAAGCCUUUUCCAACUGUGUCGCCGCGGAUUUGCUCGAAAAUUUUCAAAGUGCAAACGGUUUUUUUUGAAUUCAUGCACAGUGCAGAGUCACAGAAAAUUUCAACAAUUUUUUUUUAGCAUUCGUAAAGCAAAAUUUUUUUUAUCUUUUGAUGACACAAAUAUUUUGCUUAUUAUCACUAUAUAAGAUUUUUAAAAUACGUGAGAACUAGCAUUGUCCAUUUUUCCAAUAUUUUCUUCUGUAUUUCAGGCGAUCGAUGCGGACAAAAUCGCACCACCAGAUCGCAAGGUCAGAUAUAAGAUUUUGAAGUGGGUCUACGACAACAAUGGCGAUGAGGCGUUGCGCGACCUUGUGGUAUGUUUGCAUUGA